ACCCUGGCAUUAAGUUUCUUUACCCAUCGAUGGUAUUUCAGUCAAGUUUAUAGCAUUAGCAAUAUCAAGUACUUUCUGUACCGUGCCUUAAACAGCAGUAAUUGUAUUUCGGUAGUUUCCAGUGAAGAAUAACAAUGUCGAGCGUAAGAAUUUUGAAAAAAUCGUUAAAAUUUUCACCGAAACUAAGUAGACAACGAUCAGAUAUCAGUGUUGUGUGCCCAAUCAACGCUGAAGAGUCUUUUGGACAUGCAAAACCUUAUGCGGAAGUCCCUGGUCCAAGACCUAUACCAAUUCUGGGCAAUACCUGGAGGCUACUGCCAGUCAUUGGACAAUACGAUGUGUCUGAUGUAGCGAAAUUAUCAGAGUUAUUCUAUAAAGAAUAUGGAAAAAUAGUCAAGUUAUCUGGUCUUGUUGGAAGGCCGGAUUUAUUGUUUGUAUAUGAUGCGGAUGAAAUAGAGAAGAUUUACAGGAAUGAAGGUCCAACUCCAUUUAGACCCUCUAUGCCUUGUUUGGUAAAAUACAAAAGUGAAGUUAGAAAAGACUUUUUUGGAGUAGAGGGCGGUGUUGUAGGAGUACAUGGUGAGCCAUGGAAAUCGUUCAGAACAAAAGUUCAGAAACCAAUUCUACAACUUCAAACGGUGAGAAAAUAUGUAGAGCCCAUAGAAAAUGUCACCAACGAUUUUCUUUCAAGGAUGAUGGUCAUAAAAGACGCUAAUGACGAGAUGCCUUCAGACUUUGACAAUGAAAUACACAAGUGGGCCUUGGAAUGUAUUGGUAGAGUCUCCCUAGACGUCCGAUUAGGUUGUUUAGAAUCAAGUUUAUCAACUGACUCCGAGGCUCUAAAAAUAAUAGAUGCGGCAAAAUAUGCGCUUAGAAAUAUAGCAAUUUUGGAAUUGAGAUUUCCCUUUUGGAGAUAUUUCCCCACAUCUUUAUGGACUAGAUACGUGAAAAAUAUGGACUAUUUUGUCGAAAUAUGCAUGAAACACAUUGAUGCAGCCAUGGAAAGACUAAAGGAUAAAAUAGUUAAAGAUGAAAGAGAUUUGUCAUUGGUAGAGAGAAUAUUAGCUAACGAACCUGACCCCAAAACUGCCUAUAUUUUAGCGUUAGAUUUGAUAUUAGUAGGGAUCGAUACCAUAUCUAUGGCGGUUUGUUCAAUUCUAUACCAAUUAGCUACUCGGCCUGAACAACAAGAGAAACUGUACGAAGAGCUAAAACAAGUUUUCCCAGAUAAAAAUGAACCUUUGACUACAGAAAAAUUAAAUCAGCUUGCGUUUUUAAAAGCAUUCGUAAAAGAAGUUUUUAGAAUGUACUCUACUGUGAUUGGAAAUGGAAGAACACUGCAGGAAGAUACUAUUAUCCUAGGUUACAAAGUUCCUAAAGGGGUUCAAGUGGUGUUUCCAACUUUGGUCACUGGCAGUAUGGGAGAAUACGUAUCCCAACCAGAUCAAUUUAUGCCCGAAAGGUGGAUGAAAAGCUCUGGUCAAGAGAAAAUUCACCCAUUUGCGUCUCUACCAUAUGGUUACGGAGCCCGAAUGUGCCUGGGCAGGCGCUUUGCUGAUUUGGAAAUACAAGUACUUUUAGCUAAACUGAUUAGAUCAUAUAAACUGGAGUACCUUCACGACCCAUUGGAAUAUAAAGUUACCUUUAUGUACGCCCCUGACGGUGAAUUGAAGUUUAAAGUAACUGAAAGACCUGAAAGUCCGCGUUCGCCGUGCAGCAGAAAACCUUACAACACUUUACUUGGUGGGGCUUACAACUCAUUUAUUACACUACAAUUCACGUCCGGCAAUCUAUUGUUAAUUAAUAUCACAUUAGCAUCCCAUUACGAGCAAAUACAAAUACACAAGAUGAAUCAAAACAUAUACUUGGUAAAGUUAUGUAAGAGGGUGGUUUGUCUUAUACCGCAAAGUGAGUUACAUAGUGCAUCACAUCCCAAACGUGCCGUGAGUAGUGUGUGUGAAGCUCUGGAUCACGUGGAGGAAGCUAGACCUUAUGAGAGUAUUCCUGGACCGAAGCCAAUACCAUUUCUUGGAAAUACAUGGAGGUUUAUCCCUUAUAUAGGGGACUUCCAAAUCGAACAUAUAGACAGAGUGGCCACAAAACUGUUUAAUAAAUAUGGAAAAAUAGUCAAAAUGGAAGGAUUAUUGGGAAGACCGGAUAUGUUGUUUCUUUUUGAUCCUCGUGACGUAGAAAUGGUUUAUAGAAGGGAAGAUUUACUACCCUUAAGACCCUCUAUGCCCAGCCUAAACUACUAUAAGCAUGUUUUGAGAAAGGAUUUUUUUGGAGAUAUGGCUGGAGUUAUAGCAGUGCACGGUGAAAACUGGCAAAAAUUCAGGUCCAAAGUGAACCAGAUUAUGCUGCAACCGAGGUCUGCAAAAAUGUAUACCGAGGCUAUAUCGUGCACUGCAGAACAGUUCGUGAGAAGAUUAGCAACAAUUCAAAAUGAAGAAUCAGAAAUGCCCAAUGAUUUUUUAAAUGAAAUCCACAAAUGGUCUUUGGAAUCUCUAGCAAGGAUUGCUCUUGAUAUCCGAUUGGGGUGUUUGGACCCAUCUCCUCCGGUAGACACUCAAAAUCUUAUCGACGCCAUCAACACUUUCUUUAUAAAUGUUCCAAUUUUGGAACUGAAAAUACCAUUUUGGAAAAUUUUUAACACAAAGACUUUUACCCAGUACAUAGAGGCUUUAGACUGCAUUAGAGAAAUAUGUUUAAAAUACAUUAAUCUAUCAAUGGAAAAUUUGAAACACCUAGAAGAUGAUAGUAAAUUGUCUGUAAUGCAGAAAGUUUUAAAGAAAGAACAAAACGCUAAACUGGCCAGUAUUUUAGCACUUGAUAUGUUUUUAGUAGGAGUUGAUACCAUUUCUAACGCAGUGGCUUCAAUUCUGUAUCAACUGGCUAUCCAUCCUGAUAAACAGAAGCUCUUACAUGAAGAAAUCGAAAAAGUAUUGCCUAAAGUUGGCUCAAAAAUAUCGAACAGUCAUUUGGAACAACUUAAUUACCUUAGAGCCUGUGUAAAAGAAACUAUGAGAAUGUAUCCUGUAGUUAUUGGAAAUGGACGUCAAACUACCUCAAACUGUACCAUUGCAGGAUACCACGUUCCCAAAGGAGUACAAGUGAUCUUUCAGCAUUACGUUAUGAGCAAUCAAGAAGAAUUCUUUAUGAAAAGUAACGAAUUUCAUCCAGAAAGGUGGUUAAAAAAUAACCCCUUGUUCAAAGACACACAUCCAUUUGUUUCGCUGCCUUUUGGCUUUGGAAAAAGAAUGUGUUUGGGCAAAAGAUUUGCUGAAUUAGAAAUUCAGAUUUUACUAGUAAAGAUAUUCAGCAAAUACAAAGUGGAGUAUCACCAUGAGCCUUUAAGCUAUCACAUUCAUCCUAUGUAUACACCAAAUGGACCAUUAAAACUAAAAUUUUUAACCAAAUAAUACUUUAAUUGUGUCUAAAUAUAUAUUUUGUAAGAUAAAUAA